CAACUAUCAAGAAUCCACAAUUGAGACAAAAUCGUUUGUAUUUUGUAUGAUAAACACGAAAAUAGAAGUAAAUCACAAUCAUUCCUCACUCAAUCGAUGAGUUCAAUGACAAUGCUCUCUAAUUAGUCUUCAAUCUUCCGAAGAUUUGGAAUCGUAUGUACAGAAACUAGGGUUGGGUUUUGUACUAAGUGAAAAGAAAAUGGCAUCAGCACAGUCGAUUAAUGGCGGAGAUGAAGGGGAAAAAGGAGAUAUUGAACAACCCCAUGUGGUGGAAAUGGUGGCUACAACAACAGAUGAUGGUGAAUCAAUUUCCGACGAUCAAAUAACACCUCUUUUAGCCCAGUCAGAAAAACCCAAGAUCAACAUCUUCUCCGUGUCUUACCCUCGAAGAAAACCCAUUAAGAAAAAAAAACUUGAAGCUGUGAUGGCUGCACUCCUGAACAACCUGAAACCCACAACCUUUGAUCUUUUGGAUAUGGAGCAAGUAACAAGAUUUGCUGAAAUGGAGACUUCUCCAGUUAAACAGUUUAUAUUGUGGGCUUGGAGUGGAUCGAGCAUUCAAAGGUUACCUCUGUCUCAGGCUAUCACAUUAAGCUUUACAACUCCAAUUAUGGCUUCAAGUGCGGCAAGAAUUAUAUUGCGUGAGAAGUUGAAAAUCACGGAAAUGGGAGGAGGGUUGGCUAAAGCUGGAGAAGCAACCAAUUCAUAUGCUAAUGGGAGCCAUCAUAUGUAUGCAGUUUUGAUUGGAUUAUUUGCAUCAAUAGCUGGUGGUAUAAGCUGCUGCCUUAUAAGGGCUGGAGCAAAGACAUCUGAUCAACCUGUGGUCACGGUUUUUUCAUUUAGCAUACUCGCUAGCCCUGCUUCCGUCAUAUGCAAUUUUGCCUUUCAGGAGUUUGUGCUGCCUGGCUUUUAUUCUUUCAUUCUUAUGGUUGUACUCGGGGUACUGGCCUUCUUUGCUGAGAUUUUUUUAGCGCGUGGACUUCAGCUUGAAAAAACCAGCAGAGUUGCAAAUAUCCAGUACCUUGAGGCUGUCCUAUCCCAACUAUGGGGCAUUGGAUUGUCAAGAGUAGUUCCAUCCUUUGGUCGGCUCGUUGGAUGUUCGCUUAUUCUGCUUUCUGCGUUCUGUACUAUGUAUAUCGGACCUGAGAAAGAGAUGGAAUGA